AUGGAUGAUGACAGAAUUAAAGACAUUUAUUCAAUAUUAAAAACCAAAAAUAAAAAAGAAUGGGGAGAAUUAAUGCAACAAUUAACAAAAGAUCAAAAACGAAAAUUAGUAUAUUAUAUCAAAAAAAAAAAUAAAAAAUCACUGAAUAAAAUUAAGAAUAUUAAGAUUGAUAAAAACGUCGAUAAAAACAAAUGCAAGCCUAGCCGUUAUUAUGGACAUGUCCUAAUUGAUUAUUCCAAUGUAAAAUAUGAUCUAAAUUUAAAAAAUUAUAUAGCUAGAAUAUUGCGAAUUUAUAAACUAGAAGAUAAUUUCAAUUUUAUAAAAGGGUUGCAUUUAUAUAUGAAUAUUUUAUGUUAUGUUAUAUUUAAAAAGUUUUCAUAUGAGUAUAAAAAUGAUAAUAAAAAUAAGGAUCUUUUAGUAUUUCUAAAAAAAAUAUUCCCAUUUGAAUUUCAAAAUUUUCAAGACGUAUACAAUAAGAGGUGGAGUAAUGAUUUUACCUCUCCUGAAAAUAUAAUAAAACAACAGGAUAAUGUCGAAAUUGUAAAAGAAGUAUACAAUGUUGAUGAUAACAAAUUAGAGUCAGACGGUAUAAAUAAAAAAGUAAAUAAUACAUUUAAUAUUUCCGAUAAAGGAAAAGAUGAAAAUACACUAAAUCAUGAAAAUAAAUAUGCCAAUACAAGUAACAUAAAAAAUAUUGCUAAUAGCAGCAGUAUUUGUUUGAAUUUAUAUAACAAUAACAAUGUGCUGAAUCAUAAGGAAAAGAAUGGAAUGAAUAUCAGGUGUAUGAGUAAUAAUAUGGAAAAUGUAUUAAUAAAAACAGAAAAGAUAGAUGAUAUUGAUAAUAAUGUUAACCAUCAAAGUGAUGAUGACAAUUGUUAUGAUAGUACUGAACAUAACAUGUCUAUUGGAGAAAAUAAUAAAGAAUAUAAUUUGGAGGAAUUAAAAAAAUCCGUAAAAAAAGAAUUCAUAUAUGAUGAUUAUAUCUUUAAAAAUAAAGAUAUCCAAAAAAUUAUAAAAAACUUAUUUGAUGAGAAAAGAUUUGAUUAUCGUCUUCGUUUCAGAAGUAUAUUAUCACAAACCUUAAAUAAUGAAGAAUAUAAAAAAUAUUGUGAUUUAAGAGAAAAGCUAUUUAAAUAUAAAAAAAAAAAAUUUAUGAAAUGGAUAUCUCAGUUUACUAAAAUUAAUUUAUUAGAUUUAUAUGCAGUAAACUUUUUUAUAUUUUUAUUUUUGGAUCGAUUAUAUUUAAUUAUCGAAACAUAUAUUAGGUUAAAUUAUUGCGGAAAGGAAUACCCUCAUGAGUCUAGUGAUAAUUUUUUAGAAGAUAUAAAUGAAUUUCAAACAUUUAACAAUAUAUUAAAUAUAUUUGGAGAUGCAAAUCCAACAGAACAGGAAAAUACACUAAGAAAUGGUUUUAAUAAUAAUGCAAAAAACGAACAACACAUUCAAAAAUUUAAAGAAACUUACAAUAAUAUAAUUAAGGAAAAAUUUUCAAAUUUUUUUUACUCAAUAGAAUUAAUAUAUAAUGUAGAUGUAUAUAAUUUUAAAAUAAAAAAUAAAAUAAAAUUUGAACAAUUAAUAAAUACUGAUAUAUCUACAUAUAUCAAUGAAACAAAUGUUUAUGAUAUAAUUAAUUACGAUAAAAAUGUAAACUCAGAUCCAUGGAAAGCCUUAGCUAACUUCGCUUUGCUUCACAAUAGGAACCUAAAACUGGAGAAGUUUGACUGUUUUUCGCUCUUUUUAAUCGUACGAUUUAAAUUUUAUCUCGAAGAAUUUAAAGAAAAUGCCAAUAUCGAUUAUAUUUAUAAAACUGUAAAGGAAGAAUUUGAUAAGGUGCAAAAUUAUUUGGAGUCUCAAAAUGGGCUAAAUGAUGUAAGUAAAGAUAUAGAAAAUAAAUUGAGUAUAAAUGAAACUAACGAAGAAAACCAAAAUGAUGAGAAUGAACAUGAUGAAAAUAGUCCUAACGAUUUCGAGAUCAAUCACUUAGUGAAUCUUUACCUUGAUCUCCAAAAGGAGCUAAAAAAGGUAAAUGACUACAUGAAAUUUUAUGGAAAUUUAAUAUCCUUUGUAAAUUUUAUACAAGAAUAUGCCACUAAAUCAGUCAAAAACAUUGUAAAAUCAGAAACAAAUGAAGAGAAAAAAAAAUACUUCGAUUUAUCUUUUUUUUUAAGCACAUAUGUUAAAGAGCAAUUUAAAACAGAAUAA